AUGCCGGCAUGGAGUUCGAAUCAGCAGGAGGAUGCUAGGGAAUUUUAUGAGAUCUAUGGAAGACGUGUGGGCUUUACCAUACGGAAUAACCGUACACGACGUUCACUUAAAGAUAAUUCAAUAAUUGGUCGGGAAUUUGUUUGUUCAAAAGAAGGUUUUCGUCCAGAUAAAUACGCCAACAGAGAAAACAGAAUUCUUCCAUCAAGGCCCAACACCAUAGAGGGAUGCAAUGCAAUGUUGAGGAUAACUGCAGAAGAUGGAGGAAAGUGGGUUAUAUAUGGGUUUAUAAAAGAGCAUCAGCACGAGCUUAAUCCUGGCAAAAUACCACCCCGACAAUCGCAUAGGAUUGCAUUUUGUGAGGACGAGAAGGAUCUCAAGAUUCGGGAACUGUCCACAGAUCUUCAUCGAGAGAGAAAUAGGUCUGCCGCUUAUCAAGCACAGUUACAAAAGAUUUUGGAAUGUGUUGAGGAAUACACUCGGCGGCUAUCCUUGAAAAUAGAAUCAGUGGUUAACAAUGUGAAAGAAAUUGAAUACGAAGAGCAAGAAAAUUCAGACUUUGACUAG